UCCAACAUGGCAAAAGACCGCACAUGCAUUCUUUGUGACAUUGUUUACAGCUCUAAGCAGGAUAUGGAUGAGCAUAUGAGGAGCAUGCUCCAUCACAGAGAGCUAGAGAAUCUGAAAGGCCGGGAUUGUGGACAUGAGUGCAGAGCAUGCGGUAUAAAGGUGGUGAGUCUGACCGACUAUGCAAACCACAUCUCCAGCACCCUGCACAAGAGCAAAGUGGAGCACCAGACUAAGACUGGGGAGCAAGAUGAAGAGUAUUUUGACAAAGAGCUGGUGCAGCUUAUCCAAAAACGCAAGGAGCUCAUCAGGAAAGAGGAGGCUGCGGCAAUGCAGGCCCGAGAGGAAGAGGAAGAUGCAACACAUCUAUGGCGUCAGGAGAGGCCUUGGCAACAGCCAAGGUCUGUCUCUCGGGAUCAGAACUACCCCAGGUUUCCAUUAGCUCCUAAGGGCUCUACAUCGCUCAACAGGCACGAAUCCUGGAGAGGUCACAGUCCUAAUCGUUACCGUUCACACCAGUACCAACAAAACAAGAGUGCCACAUGGCAUGCUGAGGAGCCCCCCAAUUUUCAGAACUGGGGAUCCAGAGAUUGGCAGAGAGAUGUUCGGUCCAAUCAGGGUAAUGGCUGGGGGAAUCGGCGUGGCAACCAUAGCUUCUGUGCUGGAAACAGUCACCGGUCAUCCUGGACUGGCAGUGAUUGUAACUACGGAGGAAAUGGUAGUUUCUAUCGGCAGGACUCCAGAGAGACUCGCAAUCCAUCCAGGUCCAUGUCUACUUCAGGACGAGACCAUCAGAAGCCACAUAGUAGUAUCGUUGGCCAGAAGAAGGCUCACCAGGAAAAGUCUCCUGGGGAACAGGACCACAGUAAAAACAAGGGGUCAAAAUUGGGCAGCAGCUCUCUGAAAAUGGAUAAAGUGCAUCGCUGGUCACCAUAUCCAUCACUCAGACUUGACGAACCUUCACCCCAGUUGGAUGCCCACUCCUCUUCAGAGCUCAACUCAAUGAGAUCUCCAGAAGAGGAGCGCGAGAGCCUUUCUCGGGCUGACCGAUGCUCAGAAGGACAGACACAGUCAGACCAAAGGAGCCAGCCGCAGAAUUGUCCAGAAGGUCAAACUGUAGAAACAGAUCACGUGAAGCAAUGGAGGACUUCCACUCACGGCAGCAAAAACAAAGGCGGCACAGAUGCAGGGAGUCAAACUUCCACAUUCUCAAAUAAGAUUAUUGAAGAAUCCACCAAGUCCUCACAAGUUGAGUGGAAUGUUCGUAUUAUUUCAGACAUGCUGCGAAAAGCCAAGAAGAGGCUGCUUGAAAAGAGAGAUCCGAUAGAAACAACAACCCCAAGGGACCACCAAAUGGAUGCCAAAGCUAGGCUGCACAUUGAGGAAAAUGAAGAAGCUGAUGGUUCAGAAAUGAACGGUAUCAGAGAAAGUGAUCAGAGUGAGAGGGUGCAUAAGGAUGACGAAGCUCAACAGUUAACUAAUAAGGACGACGGUUCUCUUAGCAAGGACUCUGCGAUGCAGUCUGACAAUUCAGCAUCUGACAGCACUCCAUCUCUACAGUCCUUACAAGUCAGCACGUCUACCAUCGACUUUGAAGAAGAUGAGGAGUGCAUGAGGAAGGAUGAAGAGAAGAGAGAAAUGACUGGAGAACAGUGCAUGCAGAUUAUGGAGGACGGCUUGGGUUCAGACAGUGAAGGGACACACCACAACAAUCAAAACCUGGCGUCUGGCUCCUUAGUCCCCACCCUGAGCAAGCUAGCGUUGCCGGCCUGUAUUAAGCGAGACCUGAGCCGCCAUAUUAGUGCCAGAGGCAAAACUGGAGUCUAUGAGCCCAACCUCAACAUUGCCCGGCGCAUCCGCAACGUCAGUGGCACACAGAAAGGUGAAGUCGAGAAGGACUCUGGGCUUAAGCCCACUCUACGGCAGCUAAUCAGUUCCUCUGGAUGUAGGAGGAAUGUUAAUUGGGACCAGGUGUAUCAGGAGGUCUGUCGAAAGAAGCAGGAACAAGGAAAGGGCAUGCCAAGGUUUGGUAUUGAGAUGGUACCCUCUCAGCCAGAGGCCCAGAACCACAUGGCAAACAACCAUGGUCCUAUUUCUGAGGAAUACCAUAUGGAGUCUCUGUUUGAAUCCCACCUCGAUCUAGUCUCUACAUCCUCCAGAAAGCGCAGCUUGUCUGAGAGCAAUGUAUUUACUGAUCGUUCCUCGAGUGCACUCUCAUUCCUCACAGAUAGAGAUGCUCAAAAAGACAUCUCAGCACAGGUUCGACAUCACAACCCUGAGCUGAAGGGUUGUGUGUCACCCAUGGGGGACAUUCAACAUCAUCAGGACAAUCUUCAGGAACCAGGUCAGGCUCCAUCAGACAAAGCCCCUGAGUCUGUGGAGGGUGAUAGCAGCUGUGCAUCAGGGACAGAGUUCAAUGACACGCAAGGAAGUGGGAAGAAGCGCAGAGCAGCUGCAGACAUUGUGAGUCCAGAAAUUCCAAAUCUUGAAAGAAAGAAUAAGAGACAAAAAAUCAGAGCUAAGAAAGAUUGCUCUUCGGUUGAUCAAUUGCUUGCCGUCUCAUUACGAGAAGAGGAAUUGAACAACUCUUUGCAGACAGUAGAGAAUAACCUAGGCCAGGCAAGAGCUGCCCUGCAGGCUGCGUAUAUGGAGGUGCAGCGUCUGCUAAUGGUCAAACAGCAGAUCACUAUGGAAAUGAACUCAUUAAGAAACAAGCGAAUUGACUUACUGCAAGGAAUGCAAGGUGGCUCUGAAAACGUAUCUUCCAGGAGAGCGAAGAACAGGGUGGAAUGUGGUGCCCACGCAUCAGCCUCACCCUCACCAGUUUCUUCGCUGACUGAGUUACCAGCUUUACUGUUGAGCCAGCCUCCACGUUCUAGCCUGACUCCUUUCCCCUCACACACAGUUGGCCCCCCUGCCCUGCCUUCAGUAUUGCCAACCCAAGCCUCAACACUGCCUGUAGGGAUCAAACAAGAACCCCUCUCACCUGUUAAUCUGACCCCAGAGCUGACACGUACAGAAAGCCCUGCCUCAGACCAUCACAUUACCACACCUGAGCCUUGUACACUUCCAGACAUUAAAACAGAGGCAAAGCCAGUGGGCAACUCUGACUGCAACAUUAUGGUGGAACUCCGUCAGACCAGAGCUGACCCCUUUGUGGAUGUCAGGGAUAUGUCUUGGAAUGUCGUCUCCUCAGAUUUCAAAUCUCCACAGUCUGCUGUUUCACCCAAAGAAAGGACUGUGGACCCUCCCACAUCACUAACUUCAGAGACCCCCUCUAUCCACCCCCUUUCUCCCAAGCCUUCCCCUCCUCCCAGUAUCCCUGAGGCGAAAUCUGUUAAACGUGUGAGGAAACUGAAGAAGAAGAGAGUCCUGAGGAAGGCCCAAAGUGCUGACCAGCCUGAAAAUAGUGACACAGAGCUGGACGAAAAGGCCUCCAUCUCUCGACCUGUUCGCAAGCUUCGACAACGGCAGCGAGCUAGUGGAUGUCAGAGCAGCACCUCUACACCAACACCGUUCGGUGAAGAGCAGGUGGGUGACGGUAGAGAACACUCACUGGGAGAUCUGCAGGAGCCAGCGUCACCAUCCCGUAAGAAGGAGCCAGCUUCACCAUCCAGUAAGAAGGAGCCUCAGGACUCUGACUCCUCAGAGCUGGAGAUGGUGGAACUUCCCAAGGCUGUACCCACUGAGGUGGUCAGCUUAGAUACCUCAGAUACAGACAAGGAGGAAAGCACAAGCAAAGCUCGAAGACCUUCCAAAGAUUCAGCCCCAACACCACUGGAAAACAUGAGCCCUGAGCCCCAGAAACUUGCCUGCGAUGAAGUGACUUCCACCAGUGAGGUGGUAACUAACAGUUCAGUCAAGAGUGAUGAGAGUGAAAUGAAGACAGCUCAGACUGGCCAGAGUGAGCACAAGGCAUCUUCAGAUAUAUCCUCGGACCCAGGGGAGGGGGAGGAGCCCAGUGAGGGUCUGUUUAAGGGCCAUAAAGAGGCAGUGAAUGGUAUGCAGAUCCACAAUGGCCUUCUGUACACAUGUUCUGGAGACCGAACUGUCCGAAUAUUUGAUCUGAUGAGCCAUAAGUGUGUGGCUGUUUUGGAGGGGCACAGCACCAAAGUGAACUGCCUGCUGGUAUCGCACGGACUGGGCCUGCCACACCGUCUCUACACAGGCUCUAGCGAUCAGACCAUCCGCUGUUACAACAUCACGACGCGUGAAUUCCUGGAGCAGCUUUGUCUUCCAGACCGGGUCCUCUGUUUACACAGCCGGUGGAGGGUUCUGUACGCUGGCUUGGCAAACGGCUCUGUGGUCACCUUCAAUCUCAAGACCAAUAAGCAGCUAGAUGUGUUUGACUGCCAUGGGCCGCGGGCAGUGAGUUGUCUGGCCACCGCUCAGGAAGGGGCUCGCUGUGUACUGUUAGUUGGCUCGUACGACAGCACGAUAAGCGUGAGAGAUGCCAGAAGUGGACUUUUACUGCGCACGCUGGAGGGUCACACCAAAACCGUUCUCUGCAUGAAGGUGGUGAAUGAUGUGGUUUUCAGUGGCUCCAGUGACCAGUCGGUCCAUGCACACAACAUUCAUACUGGAGAGUUAGUGAAGAUCUAUAAGGGCCACAAUCACGCUGUCACUGUAGUGGAUAUACUAGGGAAGGUGAUGGUGACGGCGUGUCUAGACAAACUGGUCCGCGUGUAUGAGCUGCAGUCACAUGACCGGUUGCAGGUGUAUGGAGGACACACAGACAUGGUGAUGUGCAUGGUCAUUCACAAGAGUAUGAUCUACACUGGCUGCUAUGAUGGAAGCAUACGUGCUGUCAGACUGAACCUCAUGCAGAACUAUCGCUGUAGGUGGCAUGGCUGCUCGCUCAUCUUUGGUGUGGUGGAGCAUCUCGUGCAGCACCUUCUUAAUGACCACACCAACCCCUCCCUACAGACCAUGAAGUGCCGCUGGCGGAACUGCGACGCUUUCUUCACCUCCCGCAACAGCUCCCGACAGGUUAUGCAGAGGCACCUGCACAGUCAUGCAGAGGAGGAAGGAGGACAUUAAGAUGGAGCCCAGAGAAAGUAAAGGUGUCA